AUGGCUAUUAUCUUCUGCUUAGAUUCUCCAAGUAUUAUGGAUAUUUCAAUAACCUCAGAAGCAGAAGAGAAAAAACCAAACGUUAAUAACGUGCCAGACUAUAUCAGCGAUAUCCAUACGUACCUUAGGGAAAUGGAGGUGAAAUGCAAGCCUAAAAUGGGUUACAUGAAGAAGCAACCUGAUAUCACAAAUAACAUGCGGGCUAUUCUUGUGGACUGGCUGGUGGAAGUUGGAGAGGAAUACAAAUUACAGAAUGAAACCCUGCACUUAGCUGUGAAUUACAUUGAUAGGUUUCUUUCGUCAAUGUCUGUUUUGAGAGGAAAACUUCAGCUUGUGGGUACUGCAGCUAUGCUGCUUGCAUCAAAGUUUGAAGAAAUCUACCCUCCUGAAGUAGCAGAGUUUGUCUACAUCACAGAUGACACCUAUACCAAGAAGCAGGUUCUGAAGAUGGAGCACUUAAUUUUGAAGGUUUUGUCAUUUGACUUAGCAGCUCCAACAAUCAACCAGUUCCUCACUCAGUAUUUCCUACAUCAGCAGACAAACGGUAAAGUGGAGAGCCUAUCAAUGUACCUUGGGGAGCUGAGUCUAAUUGACGCUGAUCCUUACCUGAAAUACUUGCCAUCGGUUAUUGCUGCUGCAGCAUUUCAUCUAGCAGGCUAUACGAUCACGGGACAAACUUGGCCUGAGUCCCUGUGCAAAGUAACAGGCUACACCCUUGAAGACAUCAAGCCUUGCCUCAUGGACCUGCACAAGACCUACCUCAAAGCAGCACAGCACAUGCAACAGUCCAUAAGGGAAAAGUACAAGAGUACAAAGUACCAUGGAGUAUCGCUUAUUGACCCACCAGAGACACUAAACUUAUUGUAAUAAUCAAGAGACUGAUCUUUUUAUAAGAAGAUGUAUAUUACGAAAAAAUGAUGUACAGUUUUAAACAUGGUUCAAAAUUCUAGAUGUGAUCACUCAGAAUAUUAAUACAGGUUUUGAUGAGCUUAAUUAUGACGUUAGUUUUAUGUGGUUUUAAUGUAAAUCUUUUGUACAUGCAAUCUUGUUAAAAUAUUUAGCUGGGUUUUUAUAAAAACGUUCUCUUCAAGCACGGAAUUAACCAUGCAGACCAAGUGAAGUCUGAGACUGCUUAUCUAAUUGUAGACUAAACAUUAAUAUUAGCAGUGCAUUAUUAUAGUAGGGCUUUUUCUCUUUCCAAGUAAGAAUGACUUGGACUCCACAGCAGUAUUUGUAGCAUUUUUUUACUGUCUAGUUUAAACUGAGACGUAGUAUAGAUCCAAAAUGUGGCUUAAUGGCUAUAAUACUGGAAGAAACUAUAUAGCUAUGAGGAGAACACCUUGCUGGAAUUGACUCUUGUCAGG